CUUAAUGCGUGCCAAUUUCUUCUGUAAUUCUUUAAUUAGCUCCUUCAGUACUGAAACGCCAUCUUCCGGUACUCUGACCCCCGUAAGAAAGUGGCCUUUUCGGAGGCCCUCACAUUGCUCUAAGUAUCUAGAAUCCAGUGCUGAACCUCUGGGUGUUGUUUCCCAGUAAUUCCAGCUAACUCCAGCAGGACUAGGUUGCUAGAGCGUCAGAGACGUAAUUCCCUCCUCCUUCCCCCGCCCCUUUUUCGGGCUCCUCCAACCAGCGCGCGCACGUCUGCGGAACCUGCAGGGCUUCCUAUGAGGUUUCUGCCGGAAUUACCCGGCGGCGCACUCCUGACAUGGCUGCCCCGAUAGUGAGGAGUGUUCGUGAGCUGAUGAGGCUUGUGGACUUCGCGCUGGUCCCGCGGAGACAUCGACAUAAGAAGAAAUGGGCUGCCACAGAACCCAAAUUCCCUGCCACUCAACUGGCUCUGCAGAAUUUUGACAUGACCUACAGUGUGCAGUUUGAGGAUCUUUGGCCAUCAAUCCGAGUCAGUCUUCUCUCAGAGCAGAAGUAUGGUGCACUGGUCAAUAAUUUUGCUGAUUGGGAUUGUGUGAGUGCUAGGCUGGAGCAGCUAAAUGCCAAGGACUUUGUGAGUGAAGCCAUCUCCCACUGGGAACUGGAAGCUCAGAGUGGCCAUUCUGCAGCCCCAUCCCCAGCUUACAGUCCAAACCUUCGAUGCUUCACUUUUGCCAGAGGGGAUGUCAGCCGCUUCCCUCCUUCCAGACUUGGCAGCCUGGGUGUUAUGGACUACUACCUGAUGGAUGCUGCCUCCUUGCUACCUGUCCUGGCUCUUGGCCUUCAUCCUGGGGAUACUGUGCUUGACCUGUGUGCAGCCCCUGGGGGAAAGACACUAGCACUGCUUCAGACUCUCUGUUGCGGCAACCUUGCUGCCAAUGAUCUGUCCACUUCUCGGACAGGUAGACUACAGAAAGUCCUUCAAAGCUAUGUGCCUCAAGAUAUCAGGGAAAAGAAUCAAGUUCGAGUUACUUCCUGGGAUGGAAGGAAGUGGGGAGAACUGGAAGGAGACACUUAUGACCGAGUGCUGGUAGAUGUGCCCUGUACCACAGACCGACACUCGCUCUAUGAGGAAGAGAAUAACAUUUUUCAGCGGUCAAGGAAGAAGGAGCGACAGAUGUUGCCUAUGCUGCAGGUGCAGCUACUCGCGGCUGGACUUCUUGCCACCAGACCAGGAGGUCAUGUUGUUUAUUCCACCUGCUCACUCUCACACUUACAGAAUGAGUAUGUGGUGCAAGGCACCAUUGAGCUUCUGGCCAACCAAUACAGCAUCAGGGUUCAGGUGGAAGACCUGUCUCACUUCCGAAAGCUUUUUAUGGACACAUUUUGUUUCUUUCAGUCCUGCCAGGUUGGCGAACUGGUAUUGCCAAACCUGAUGGCCAAUUUUGGGCCUAUGUACUUCUGCAAAUUGCAUAGGUUAACAUAGCAUUACCCUGUUCCUGAAUUAGGAAGACAAAGGGUAUAUUCUGUUGGAGGUACCAGAAACCGAGACCAUUAGCAGAUAAACACUCUGGAUACUGCCUCCAAUUUCUUCCAGUUUUUCUGAAGACAGUUUAAGCAGUAAGAAGUAGGAGUUUGUAUGUCCUGAUGUCCAGUUGUGGAGCAUCAGCAGGUUGCUAGCUCACUUAUACUUCCACCCCAUCUCCACAACUGUGCUAAAGUUUCAUGCCCUUUUGAGGAUUAGAAGGGGGAACCGGUGAGCAGGCCCACACUGUAAGCUGUAAACUUGGGAAGAAGCAGUUAGUCAAUAAAAUCGUUGAAGCUCCCUAGAUCUGGGGCUAUUGUUGGGAACUUCAUGUCAGUCCAGGUACUGUUAUAGUUCUGUUUGUUCCCAGUGGGAGCUGAAGCUCUAAGGUGCCUAACCCCAACACCUCAGCCUGGUUACAGGCGUCUGGUUAUAAAUCUCCUCUAAUGCUUGAGGUAAGUUCCAUUUAAUUAGUUGACAGAUCCAGCAAGCCUCCCUAGUUUCCCCAUGUGGGUUAUGAUCUAAACUGAGGAGCAAGUGACUAAAUAUUUUAAGCUGAUGCAUAACUUCUUACUUGUUGAGAAAACUCUGCUGUGCUGAAUAAUUCUGGCUAUUCCUUGUGCUAUCAGUGGCACUGCUGUGGCUGGAGAAGCUGCUUCUGCUAUAGGAAUGUCAUACUCUUUUUGUGGGUUCCUUCUUUGUUCCUUCAUCUAGCAGCCAGCAUUCCAUGAGCUCCUGUAGGACAAGGAGCUAGGGAGCUGUUAGAAUAUUUGAGAACUCACCACCUUUUGCAUUUGUACCUGGGAAUCUUAGUGUUUUGUGGUACUAGAGAUUCAACUAGGGCAGUUUUUGUGCUUGUUUCUAAUUUUGGCCUGUCCCUUGACCCACUUCAAAUCCCUCAACACUUCCCAGCAUCACCGGGCUUUACUUCACACAAUUUGUGUUUGAGGGUAACAUUACAUAAUUUACUUACCAUGUGAUGGUUUUGUAGUUAUGUUUUGGUAGCAUUAGUCCAAAGAAGAUAACCUUUAUGGCACGGAUAUUACAACCUGCUUACAGUCGUUGAGUGUGGUGGCACAUGUCUGUAAUCCCAGAACUUGGGAGGUUGAAGCAGAAGUAUCAUCCCUAGUUCAAAGCCAGCCUGGACUACAUAGUGAGUUCAAGGCCAGUCUGAACUAUAUUGCAAGACCCUGUCUCAAAAACAAAGCGAAACAAAACUGGCUGAUGGUCACUGUGGAUUUUGUUUUUUAUUAAAAUUUUUUUCCUGAAAAAACCCUGUGCAGACAGUGGUAUAUAAUUUUAGGAUUUCUGAAUGUUUCUUGGCACUUCUUGCUUUUCUUAUCCCUCUCCUCCUUUUUCUAUUCCUUUUGUCCUUUAUGCUUUUCCUGUUCUUUAUUUUUAUUUUUAUUUUUUUUUUUACUGGAAUCAAGCUUAGGACCUUGCACUUGCUAGGCAGGCACUGUGCCACUGAGCUGUAUUUCUGGCCCUUUUCUGCUGAUUCUUACUUGGCUCCUAAAGUAUCAGUUAAGAAGAUCUUUAGCUGAAGUUAAACCUUAUUUUUUUCUUAGGAUUUGCAUUGUAGCUGAGGGCUUGGAUAGUCUUCUAGACUCUAGAUCAAGGGAAGGUAGGAAGACCUAGGGAGCUUUGCUGGUACUCUGAGUAGGACCCUAACCAGCCUCUAUGCAUAUGGUUGCUUCCUGUUGUUUAUUAAUUAUUAAUUGGAUUUUUUGAGACAGGUCUUGCUAUGUAGUUCAGAUUGGUUUUGAACUCACGUAGCCCAGGCUGGCCUCAAAUUCUCAGCAAUUCUCCUGCUGAGAAUUCAGCCCUGAGUGUGGAUUAUUGCUGUGUGCAUCCACCCCCCAAACCUGCCUGCUAUUUAUAUUGUACAUAGUAUUUUCUAAGGCUGAGAGGACUCUGCUGUAUGGGUUUCUGCCCUUAGCCUUUGGAUAUCCAGCCUAAUGCUGAUUGAAUUCUAAAGAGUACUAAUUGAAAAGGAAGCAAUUUCCUACGCCUAGAGUUACAGUCUAAUUGCAGACAGACAGACUGUGAUAAAAAAAAAAGCAGAUAACUACUUUGAAAAAUAAUUUGUCUCCUAUAAUUGAAUGGUUACCUACUCUAUAUCCUGGUUAUUCUAAUACUAGCGAUAAAUCCUAGAGAAACUAAUGUGUGUACACCAAGACACAUGUAAACAAUGUUUAUAGCAGCUUUUUUCACAAAAGCAGAAAAGUCCAGAAAUAAUCCAAAUGCUCAUGAGCCACAGAAUGGAUGAAUAAACUUGAAUAUUUACAUAGUGGAGUAUUACACAGUUGUCUAAACAAAUGAACUAUACUGAUGCAUAGUAAUAUGGAUGAAUUUCAGCAAUAAAAUAUUAAGUGAGCCAGACAUGGUGAGAUGCACCUAUAAUCUUAGUACUUGAGAGACAGAGGUAGGAGGAUCACUGUGAGUUUAAGACCUGCCUUUUUUUUGAGAUAGGGACUCACUGUGUAGCCUAGACUGGCCUCAAACUUGCAGCAGUCCUCUUGCCUCAGCCUCCUGAGUUCUGGGAUUAUGGGCAUGUACCACCAUACCCAGCUAUCAUUGUGUUCUUUUUGUUUUGGUGGUGUUGGUUACUGGGGAUUGAACUCACAACCUUGAACUUGCCAGGCAGACACUUAAGCUGCUGAGCUAAACACCUAGCCCUCACCAUGUUCUUUUUGAAAGAAAACUUUUGUUAUAUACUGUGUAAUCCAUCAGUUUUAUUAUUGUUUUGUUUUGAGGCUACUGGAAAGUGAACUUAAGACCUUGCAUUGAGCUGUAUCCCUUAGCCAUUUUUAUUUUGAGUUAGGUUCUCACUAAAUUGCCUAGGAUGGACUCAAACUUGUGAUCUUCCUGCCUCAGCUUCCCAGAGUAAUGGAGUUUUAGGUGUCUGCCUUCAUGUCUGAAUUCAGUUAUAAAUGUACUGUUUUUUGAAGUUCUGUUUGUUUAUUUUUUUGGUUAGUGCUAGAGAAUAAAUAUCAGAUUUUGUAUACUCUAAGCAAGUACUCUAGCACUAAGCUACAUUCCCAGCUCUGUUUAAUAAGUUUUAGUAAUUAAUAGUGUACCUAGGAUCACCAUCACGAUACAGAAGUUAAUUCCAUCUCCUUUGUGUUUCUUUGCACUUAUUCCCUUCCGUUCCACAUCCCAGGUAAUCAUUGUUUUUCUGUCACUAUAUUUUGCCUUUUCUAGAAUUUCACGUUGUGGAAAAUAAGUUGAUUUACAACUGCAUUGCUAAAACUUCCUAUUUAUCUUUGGGAUACCUGAAUGCCUAGUUUUUCACUUUUGGACAAAAUAAGGGUAUUGGGAUUUAUAUCUCUUUAGAGUCUGACAGUCCUCUGGUAACCUCCAGGAUCAAUUUCCUUAAUGAUAGUUUGCAACUGGUGUAGUUAGUUAUGAGUGUCUGGCUUGAUUUCAUGGUCAAGAGUAGCAUGAAAACCUUCCUAGGAACUUCCGAUUUGAGUUUUUCCCAAAACUAGGAUUCUUCAUGCAGGUCACAGUGAUUGAACCAAAGGCCCCUUUGUUGUUUUUUAUCCUCACAAAACCCUAGUAGAUAUUCCUUUUUAGACCCAUUUUAAUAAGGGAAGAAGCUUAGAGUACUUAGUCUUAGCUAAGUAAUUUCUUUUACCCUAUGGAUCCAGCUGGAGGGCAUCUUGGACCUUCCAUUCUGGGACAGCAGUCAGAUGGCCUCAACUGUGUGAAUGACCUCUAUCAAGACCAAUCUAAAUUGCUGACCCCAAAACUUUGAGCACAUAAAAUGGUGACUAUUGUAAGAUACUCAGUUUUGAGCACAAAUCAGUCUAAUGAAAUUAUUAGCAUUUAUCAGUAAGUACUGUAACUGACAUGUUAAGGACUGGUAAUGAACUAGAGGUAGAAUGCAUGCUCGACAUACAUGAGGCCUUUGGUUCCAUCCCUAAAAUCAUCAGAGACAAGCCUCCCUAAUCUGAGAGAGGUAUUGAUCUGUUUCUAAAGUUUGUUCUUAGGGUUGCCCCCCCCCCCCAAUUUCCUCUCAGACUCCAUGUCCCUUUCAGGUAUAACCUGACAGAUACUCUGAAGUAGGUCACAUUGUCUUCUCUGUCUUGCACUCUUUUCCUUCUAUUCUUGCUCAGGGAGCAAGUCUGCACCUCCACAAAGUCUUUCCAGAUCCUGUAAAGCACACUGAGCUGUUCCAUCCUCUAUAUAAAUUAUGAGUAUAGCACAUCCCAUUGCUUUUUCUCCUUUACCCUAUUCCCAGACUAGGAAUGGUUCAGGGCAAGGCUAGUAUUUAUCUUUGAUGCCCUAGGUCUUAAGUACCAAUACGCAUGCUUUAUAUAAUCAAUACAUAGUUGAGUGCCUUUUAUAUGCUAGGUCUAAUCCUAGAUAUUAGUGUAAUCAUGGGAUGGCCAACCUAGAGGGCAAGAUAGUUGCAAAUAGAUUAUAGUUUUAUAAUUAUAAAUAAAAGUAAUUGCAGUUAAUUUCUCAAGUAGGUUGCAGCUGAGCAAAGUCCUGAGAAAAGAGUAGGGUAUAUGGCUGGGGAACUUUGUAACAGAAAAGUUAAAAUUCAAUAGUCUAAUGCUCUGUUAAGGCAAGAUGUGCUCACACAGUCAACCACAUAGUUAGACCAUUUAACUCAGCCUUGAUUGACCAUGUCACUGCAAACUUAGAGAUAAUCCAACCUGACUCAGUCUAACUGCAUCCAUCUGGACUGCAUGCACUGUCUGACAUAUAAACAUAUUUUCAAGAAUUGUGCAACCAAGACAAACUAGUCAAGGACAUGCUUAGUUCCAACCACCACCUCAGCCCCAGCCCUCCCUAUUUUCUCUUGCCUUAUGGUAAACAACUCCUCUAACGUGCUCUGAACAAACCUGCCUGGCAACAUACAAUUUGAUCCAUCUAACCAAUUAUGUGAUAACCCAUUUUCAGCUUUUGUACUUCCUGCUUACAAAAUGUGUUGAAGUUUCUGUUUCACUGUUAGUCAGAGCUAGUGAUUCAAACUUGGUCCCACCAGCCCACUAGUGUAAUAAAUAGUUGCCUUGCAACUCCCAGUUGCAGAGGUCUUCCAUUUGGUUUGAUGGCAGAUUUCCACAACAAUUUAAUCUGCCCUGGAGGAAGAAUAUUUUUUUGGCACCAGGGAUCAAACUCAUAACCUCAGGUUUGCCAGGCAGGUGCUUGUGCUACUGAGCUAAACUCUUGGCCCCUGAGGAAGAAAAUUUUAAACCUGAAGAUGCAGAGGAAUCAAAUUAGGUGGUAGAGUGAGUGUGGGGUUCUCUGACAGAGGGAACAGGUUGUAUGAAUGGGAAGCUCCUAAGGCAGGCAUGCAUUCCUGGACCUGGGCAAGGACCAGAAGACUACAACAAAGGUGGGAAUGGUGAAAUGCAAGGCUGGAUAAGCCAACUACAUAGGACCUUAUAGGCUGCAUAAAAAGAAUGAGUAUUUUAUCUAGAGUAAAUUGGAAGGUAGUGUGAGAGUUUUAAGCUGGAAAGCAAACUGAUCAGGUUCCAUGGGCCUCUCACUGGAAUAUGAUUAUCAAUAGCAUUUGCUGAGUGAGGAAAUGAAAUAGCUGCCUCAACAUAAAAUGCUUCUGAAGGUCAGUUCACUCCUUAAGGUCAGUCCUCACCUUAGAGAGCUGUUAAACUUAAGGAUUUCAAAACAUGAAGUAACAUUUUAGGAGGCAUAUUGACAAACUUAGUUAUAGCCUGAGGAGGGUGAAUAGGAUGGAGGGCAAACAGUGUCCCAAGAAGACAGAAGACCUGGGGAAUUGGCAGUGUUAUACAUGAAAAGGACAGACUUAGGAAAGACAGAUGCUGUUUCCAAAUAGAACUAUUUUUGUUGUGUUUUGAGACAUGAUUUUACUAUGUUGUGCAGGCUGACCUUGGAAUUUGCAAUCCUCCUGCCUUAAAACACAUUCUGAGUGUUGAGAUAGAGGGCAUACACUAUUAUGCCUGGCAAGAUAGUAGAGUUUUUGAGAUUGGGAGAGAAGAUAUGUUUUGAAUGUCUGUAGGGGCAAAACUGGGGCCCGGAGAAGGCAGUUGUGAGUCAGAUUGCAGGUCCAUCUUUUCUUCGCACCUCACCUCACUUUUUUUUUUUUUUUUUAAAGACAGGGUUGGGGGCUGGGGAUUUAGCUCAGUGGCAUAAGCACCUGCCUUGCAAGCAGGCAGUCAUGAGUUCGAUCCCUGGUACUGAUGAAAAGAAAAGAAAAAAAAAAGAAAGACAGAGUCUCAGUACUUCAGUCUCUCAGUGUAGUUCAGGCUGGCCUUAAACUCACUAUGGUCUCAAACUCAUGGUGACCCUCUUGCCUUAGUCUCCCAAGUGCUGGGCAUGAGUCACCAUGUCCAGCAUAAAAAUUUUUUAAAAGAGCUGCAUCGUAACUCAGUGCCAAGGCCUUGUGUUUAAUCCCUAGGACUGGAGGAAGAAGAGAAAGGAAUAUUAUGAAACUUUUUGCCAGUUGCUAUGGUCUCAGUGUGUUCCCCCACCUACCCAAGAGCAUAUGGGGAAACAUAAUCGCCUCAAUGCAACAGUCAUGGGAAAUGGGGCCUAAUGAGAAGCAUUGGGGUUCCAGGGGCCCCACCCUUAUGAAUAGAUCAAUGCCUACUUAAAGGGUCCAAAAGAUUCAAAUUUGAAAUCUUGCUUUCUCUCACAAUAAAAACUGACUGACUGGCCAAAUGUGGUUUAUGCCCAUAAUCCCAGCACUUGGGAGGCUGGGGGAAGAGGACUGCUGUGAGUUCAAGGCCAGCCUGGGCUACAAAGUGAGUUUAAAUCCAGCCUGAACUGCAUAGCAAAACCCUGUCUCAAAAAGAUGAGCAAAAACAAAAAAACUGACUCAAGAUGCAGUAGAAUAUUUAUUUAUCUUUGGUACUGAGAAUUGAACUGAGGACCUUGCACUUGUGCUGCUGAACUAAAUCCCUGGCCCGUAAUAGAAUAUUUUAUAACACCUCCUACUGAGAUAAUAAAUUAGAUGAUCAUUUUAAGCUGAAUGCGGUGACACGUGCCUAUAAUCUCUGCACUCUGGGAGAUGGAGGCAGGAGAGUUGAGUGUUCAAGCCUAAUCUGGGCAAUUAAAGGAUUUAUGAAACCCUUAUAAAAAGUGGGGUGGGAUGGAGAUGUAGCUCAGUGGGAAAAGGCCUGGGUUCAACUCCCACUAAUACAAAGUCACCUUCAAAAGGAGACAGAGGGUUAGGAGUGUAGAGUUAGUGGCAGAGGAUGUGCUUGGCAUGCAUGGGACCAGGAUUUGCUCCCCAACACUGCAAAAAGAAAGGAGUCAUAAGGUGAGAGGGUCACUGUGAGUUGAAAGCCAGCUCAAGUUACGUAGUGAGUUCAAGCCUAGGCUGAACAGCAAGACUGCCCCGUCACCCCCCAAAAGAGAAAGGAAACAAUAGUGGUGUAUGUCUGUAAUCUCAGCACUUGGGAAGCUGAGGCAGGAUGGGUCCCAAAUUCAAUGAAACUUGGACUGUGUAACAAAGUCAAGGCCAUUCUGGACUAUAUAGUAAAACUCGUGAAAAAAAAAAAAAAAGACGUGUAGAGAGGAAGGGAGGGAAGAGCAAAGGAAGGGAGAGUAGAUCAGAGUGUAUUACACAAUAAAGGUAAAUAUUAUUGGACUUUACACACGGUAGACAAGUGUUCUACUGAGCUGUAGCCCAGUGUAGCUCAGUGUAGUGGUAUACCCCUGCCCAGGAGAAAAUACUACUAUUUGAAGCAUUUACUUCAGUGUAUAUAUAGUGUUAGCCUUACAUUCCUGUAAUAAAUACUGAGAUAAACGAAGAAGGGGGAAGGUUUAUUUUGGAGGUUUUAGUCCAUAACCAGUUGGCCCAUUAAUUUGGACUUGUGGUGAGAUAUGUGGUGGAGCAGACUCUUCCAGGACUUGCAAAUGAGGAAGAGGUUGUCCCCAAGGUCCUGUGUCUCCCUUCAAGAGCAUGACUCCAGUGACCAAAGACUGCUCAUAUGCCACACAUCGUAAAAGUUUUUGUUACCUCUCAAAAUGCCACACUGGACACCAAGCCAACAUAACAUGGGCUUUGGAGAACAUUCCAGAUCCAAAAUAUAGCAUGUAUGUAUAUAUAUGUUUAUUAGGCCUUAAUUCAAAAUAUAUUCUUAUUGUGAAUUGUGGUAUUAAUAAAAAGUAUAAAAACUACUUUAAAAUACAUUGAAUAAAACUGGGCAUGAUAGCACGGACCAGUUAUCCCAGCACUUGGGAGGCUGAGGCAGGAGGAUUGCCUAAAGUUUGAGGUCAGCCUGGGAUAUAUAAUAGGGUUUUUUUGGGGCGGGGGUGAGAUAGGUUCUUGCUAUGAAAUUCACUCACUAUGUAGCCCAGGCUGUCUUUGAAUGCAUUGCAAUCCUGCAGUAGCCUCUCAAUUGCUGGGGUUACAGAUGCUGGGGUUACAUAUAAAACUACAUAGUUUGAAACCAGUCAGCUACAUAGUAAGACUUUGACUGAAGCCCAAAAAACUAAUUAUGGUGGUAUGAAAAGAAAUGAGAGCCUGUUUACUAAAUAUGCUGGACAGCUAUUUGCAUGGGUCCCAGAGGCCAUUGCUGCCUAGUAUUCAGCUUCUGGGUAGUACACUCCCAUGAAUGGGGCUGAACCUGGUGAUUUGCUUCUGUGAACAGUAUAGCAAGUGAUAAGCUAGCACUUCUGUGAUGAGGUUGAAAGACUGUCUUCUAGCUUCCUUACUGAGAUUUUCUUUCUGGCAGUAUGCUUGCUCUGCUGGAGCUCCUUGUAAAGAUUUGAGGGGGCCUCCAGCGAACAUCAAGGAAUUUAGGCCCUGAGUCCCAAAACCCUCAAGGAACUGAAUCAUACCAGCAGCUGUGUGAGCUUGGAAAAGGGAAUCUUUCUCCAUUUGUACCUUGAGGUAACUAACUACAGCCCUAGUUGACAUCUUUUGUAUUUCAUCAGUUUAUUGAUUCAUUAUUUUAAGUUGAGAUGAAUAAACUUAAAAUUUACAAACUAAAGUUUAUCAAGCAAUAUAAAUUCUUUAUCUCAAAAUGUAAUACUAGUGGAAUAUGAUGGCACAUGCUUGUAAUCCCAGCACUCAGAAGGCUAAGGCAGGAAGAGCACCACAAGUUCAAGGCCACUUGGCCUACAAAGUGAGUUCAAGGCCAGGCUGAACUGCAUAGUAAAACCCUAUCUCAAAAAGGCCAAAAGAUACUAAUUCCAUAGAAAACAAUUUUUAAUGCACAGACAUUUGAAAAAAACUACACAAAACUGUAUCAGCACCAAAAAUGCAGCACAGAAUUUUAAAAUUUUGCAGUCUCUAGAUUCCAUAACAAGUGAUGUUAUUUUUAACAUUUGGGUAGCUUCACAAAAUAAAAUUAACCUAAAUAAAUCACUUUCUUAACGCAUUCUCUCAAGUCCUUUUAUAGUUUGUUUUGUUUUUGUUUUUUGAGACAAUCUUACUAUGGUGGUCUUCCUGCCUUAGUCUCCCAACUGCUGAGAUUUUAAGUGUUGCAUCUGGGGCUGGGAGUUUAGCUCAGCGGCGUAAGCACCUGCCUUGCAAGCAGGCAGUCGUGAGUUCGAUCCCUGGUACCGAUAAAAACAAAAAAGACCAAAAAAAAAAAAAAAUAUAUAUAUAUAUAUAUAAGUGUUGCAUCUGGCAUAUACACCUCUACUCUUCAGCCUACCAGGAUUCUAAACUCAGCACCAGUAACCAAUUAAAGGAAUGAAGUUUAAAAGGGAAGACGCUUAUUUGUAGGAAAGAAAAAUCAAAAGACAGUUGCCAAUGGAUUGUGUCCAGCUUCCUUUUAUCAAGUGAUAGGGAUGCUUUCCCCUGGAGCUUGUCACAACCUGAUGCGCUGUCUUAGGUUAGAUCAUAGACCCCAAGAUCCUAACCUGGGCACUGUUGCCUACAUGCACAUUCCUAGAUGGGCUUUAUUUGAUUUCCCCCUACUCAUUUGUCCUUGUCAGGGACUAUCUCUGGGCUUAUAGGAGUAGGUUAGGAGCCUUACACAUAAGGUCAAAUUAAUGAUUAAGUAAGGGGAUGUGUGUAUAUCUAGUGCAGUAAUACAGUGACCCUAGAGCCCAACAGUAGAAAAAAUUACACGCAUAGGUGUAUUUUUAUAUAUUAAAUAAAUUUCAUAAAUAAUAAGUAAUGGUUUCUUUUUAAUGGUUACCUUUUGUCUUCCUUGCAUUUUGUUGGAGAGGUAAGGGUUGUUUGAAUUAGUAAAGACACCCGGCUUCCUCCUGUUGUUUAUCAGCUCUUUUCUUUAUCCUUUUAAUUGCCUCAUCUAGCAAAGUUUUAACUCUUUCUAGUUAAGAUUAGCCAGAAAGCCUAAUGACAUCUGUAUUUUACUCUUUUUCUGCCUUCAGACUCCUUUCCCCUAUAUAGGGAUCUGCUACCACUCAUAUGAUGUUUUUUUGUUUUUUGUUUUUUUAGACAGGGUCUCACUAUGUAGUCUAGGAUUGUCUAAAACUCACUAUGUAGCCCAGGCUGGCCUCAAAUUCACAGUUAUCUUUUAACUCUACUCCUAAGAUUACAGCUAUGCACCACUGUGCCCAGCUGUAUUUCCCCAGCAUUUGUUUUAGCUUAACAGCAUGCAGACUAUUUAUCAAUAUUUCAGAUUUUUCUUUUAAAAAUUUAAAUAUAAAGAAUGAUUUCUAAAAAUAAAAUGUAUAAUUUGGACAUGUCCUAAGCAAAAGUUUUAAUCUCUUAACAAUUAAAAAACAAGUUGCUGACAGUUUGUGUCAGAUGUAAAUCACUCCUCUAUGCAGUCCUUACUCAGAGGUAGAGGGCACAGGCUUUAUGAAUACAAGAAACAGGGAUUCCCUCAGAUCUUUUUCGUUUUAGGGGAUCAAAUCCAGGUUCUUGUACAUUCAAGCAAAUGGUCUAUCACUGAGCUAUACCUCCAGCUCUUAACACAUCUUGAUUGCUGCCUAGUGAAAGACUCUAAAGCAAAUAACCCUACUACACCAGGCCCAAAUUCCCGUUCUACUGAAAUUGUGAGAUAGUAAAUGGAAUCUCUUGUUUUAAGCUGCUAAGUUUUGGGUAAUUUGUUAUAUAAUGACAGGGGGAAAAGUGUGCUGAGGUAUUAUACUCUGAUGAUUUUUAGUCUUUAGGAAGUAGACAUUGUGGGUUUAACAACCAAUAGUCUGGUUGAAUAGUAGCAUACUCUACCCCAGGGUGGGCUCUAACUGGUCUAACCCUAUCGAGGUAAAUCCAUCCUGAUAGCACAGUGAUUGAUUCAUGAGAUCAGAGAAAAACUCAGAACUUCUGUUCAAGGGUUGUGGGAAAUAAUGCUUUCUCCUGGAUAAGGAGGAGGAAGCAUGUGUGAAGCAUGGCUGCUUGGCAGCCAUGAGACUAAUCAGCCAGAGGGUGAAGCUGAGGUACCCAGAGGAAGGCGAAAACCAAGAUUAUUGCAGAGAACCAUUGCCAGUGCUCUGAUCAAAGUCAGUCAUUUUCAUUGUGAUCUUUUCCAUUUUGGCCAGUUAUCUUUAUUAUUUAAGCCAUUUUGGGUUGGUUGGGUUUUUUGUUAUUUAAUCCUAAAAGCAAGUUAAUUGAUAGGGCAGUAUUGGUCUAUGAUCCAGAAUUCAAUUUGCUUCAAAGAAUUGAGAAGAAUCAUGGAGGACAGAGGGGUGCACACCUAUAAUCCCAUCACUCAGGAAGUUGAGGCAGGUGGACUGCUGAAAGUUUGAGGCCAGCCUGUGCUAAAAGUGAAUUCAAGAGCAGCCUGAAACAUAUAGCGUGACUCUGUUUUAGAAACCAAAAAUAUUGCUCUCUCCAGCUAGGUAUUAUAGCGCACACCUAAAAUCCCAGAACUGUAGCAUGCUGAAGCAGGAGUAUUCCAAGUUUUUCCCCAGCUUGGAAAGUUUAGCAAUUUAGCAAGACUUGGGUCAAAAAUUUAAGGGUUGCAGAUGUAGCAGUGUAAAGGCCCUGGGUUCAAUCCCAAUGUUAUGGCUCCUAUCUAGAGAGCACUCAUAGGCUGGGCUUUUUGAAAUUGGCUGAAUCUAGGGUUUGUGUUUCUUCUUAGCAUAGUUCUGAGUGUGGAUAAUGGAAAGACCCAUCCCAUGUGUAUGUGGUACCAACCAAAGUGCUGGUAGCCUGGAUGGAAUAAGAGGGAAAUGGAGGCUACUGCUAGUUGCCUCUUGUAUGUUCUGCCAUGGACUGUUUGUCCUCUGCAGUGCCCCUCUGGCAUGCCACCCUGUCUUAGAGCCAGCCAACUAUGUACUGAAAUUUUUACAGACUGUGAACUGAAAUAAGCCUUUCUUUCUUUAAUUUUGGGUGCUAGGUGGCAAAGGUUCACAUUGGACAAGUCAUUACGUCCAUCUGCAUUAAACUGCAAAAAAAAUAACAUGUGAUCAAGGUCUUACACAGGGCCAAGUUCAAGUUCUCUGGCCACCAGAAAAUCCACAUCUCAAAAAAGGAUCUUCACCAAGUUUAAUGCAGAUGAGUUUGAAGGCAGGGUGACUGAGAACCUUAUGCUGAUGGCUGUAGAUAGGGUAAAAUACAUCCUGAAUUAUGGUCUCCUGGACAAAUCGGGGCCUUGCACACCUGAAGGCUUUUACUGUGCUGUUGCCUCCUUCAAAUCAAGUUCAUCAAAUCUCCCCACCUAGAAAAAAAAAUGAUUGGAAAUACAGUACAAAUUGAGUCAGUGACCUAGAUGAUUUUCAGACAAGGAUAUAACUGACAGUAUUUGCAUCUUAAUGGGAUAUUGAACCAGUGACCUCCAAGGUCUCUUGAGAACUGACACCAGCUAAAACUCAUUGACUGAGGUCUUGUAUGGGGUCCUAGGCAUUUCACAAGAUAGACAAGAGAGACACAGGUUGCCUGCAGUGCUGAGGAUGGCACAGUGACCUUGGGGCUGCUGCCAUAUUCUGAGUCUCAGGUGUCAGCUGCUGCUGAGAAACUGUCCAGCGAUGUCUAACGCUGCAGGUUGAGGGCAGCAGAAAGGAACCAAAGAUGCACUGUCCCAAGCUUUUGGAGCCAGCUGUUUGGUCCUACACUGGUACCUUUCUACAUCUGUCCUUCCUUUCUCUCCCUCCAACUAAGCCAGAAAAGCUUCUCGGGCGAACCUCUGCUAACUUCAUUCAUUUUACAACCCCACAGGGUAUGUGUGUCUCUGGCUGCAGUUUACCAGGACAUUGAGUUUUCUCCAAUGACAAAAUCAGAAGAGGUCAGCCUGAUGAUCUCAAGUUUUUGGGUUUUUUGUUUUUUCAAUGCUGGGAAUUGAAUUCAGGGCUUCAGGAGUGCAGGACAAGCACUCUGUCACUGAGCUGCACUCCUAUACUUGAGGAGGCUGUUUGGCCAUGUCUGCCCUCUCUUUUUUUUUAUUUUUUCUUUUUCCUUUUUAUCGGUACCGGGGAUCGAACUCACGACUGCCUGCUUACAAGGCAGGCACUUAUGCCACUGAGCUAAAUCCCCAGCCCCCUGCCCUUCUCUUUUAAAGGAAGACGAAUCUCUCUGCUUUGGGAGACUCUGCUCUUGAUAUAGGGGCUUGUGGGCUCAGCACCUAACACAUAUAGCUUGGACCUUCUCUAGGGCUCCCUAGGGGAGUGUGCUGGCUUCCUCUAGUGUCUUUGAUGACGUCUCUCUCUUUUUUUUUUUUUUGUCUUGCCUUUACUUCCAAUUUAAGAUUGCUUGCUUUUAAUCUUUGAGGAAUUUAAUUUUUUUCCAAUUAUUUAUUUUAAAAAUAUGUUUUUCUGUUAUUCUACUUAUUUAUUUGUUUAGGUACUGGGAAUCAAAUUCAUGACCUCGUGUUUGCCAGGCAAAACCGUGCCACUGAGCUAUAUCCCUGGCCCUUAUUUGUUACUUUAAUGGCAAUAGUUAAUACUAUGCUUUGCCUGCCACUUGAAACCUGAGGCCUGUGAACACCAUCUUGAGGAUGAGUAAAAGUUUGCAAGGCAGUAAUGUAUUGCUGAGUGGGAAUGGGAGAAAAAUAUAGAGAAACAUCAGGCAUUAGAGGUCAACAGAAUAGUGUGUUUAAGGGCACAGAAUAAUACUAGAGCCUAAAAUAUUUAAAGAAGACUGCAAAGUGUGUCAGGGCCUUCUUUCAUACUUGUGCUCAUGCAAGCAGUCUCUCAGAGACUGAACAAGAGAUGUAUAUUCCUCCAACUCUUAGAACCAGAUGUGGUCAUUUGCCAGAGCUGUGGGCUAUGUCUCUUGGAUGUCCCUGUUUGUGAAGAACAUUGCCAACGCGUUGUUGCCAGCUUGGGAGGAAUCCUUGGGGUCUACCACCUGCAGACUUGGCAGCUGAAUAUCCAGAUUGUCGGUGUAACGACAGCAGAGUCAUUGAAGACAGCUCCUUCAAACCUGUUUAACUUUCCUCAGGAGAGGCAGGAAUCACACAGAUCCCAGGGCUAAAGAGCUAGGGAUUAAAGGCCAAAUGAGAGACAGGAGACCUCUAGGGGUCCUUUGAGUUGUACUGAAUUUCAGUGUCAGGCAACCUUGAAGGAAGGGAUUCUGGGAUGGGAGACAGGGAUCACAGUCCCCUGAGGGGAAUGCUAGGCAGGGAAGAUUUAUUUUAGCAGACACAGACAUUGCAUCUGUGUUCAACAUUUUCUUUUCUGUUCAAUAUUUUGAAUGUCAAAGAAUACAAAUUUGCUUUAUAAAAGCCAUUUGAUUUUGCAAAAUAAUUCCUGAGAUGAGUUCAGAUAACAUGGAUUUUUAGGGCUUGAUUUACACACAACCUAUGAAGAAUAUGUUCUUUGUGAAAUGUGCCAUGAAUGUGUGAUAAUAUCUCAAAAGUGUUUUUUUGCAUGUCUGAUUUUCAGAAACUUGUUAGCCACCCACAGGAUGUUUCCUGUGCUGUUUUAGAUAGAGGAAUUUAUGGCAGGGCAUAGAAUCUGACUCAACACGCAAUACUGAUUUCAGCAUAUCAAAAUGAAAAACAUGCGGCUCUCAUGAUCAAAAUAAAACUGUUUCUCUAAUAAAA